CCACCGUCGUAAACAAACCGACGCCACUCGCCGUGGUCCGUGACCGUAAUCUGUAGUUCGCGUUGUGUAGCGCACGACAAUAUUAUACACGCUUGACGCCAUCUUUUUCGCUCGCGUCCAACGUUCGUCAGCAUAAUAUUAUUUUACACCCGGGAAAUCCGAACUUUUCUCGGCAUCCGAUUUUUGAUAUCCAUUGGUUUUAGUUUUUAUAACAGAGUCUUCGAAAUGGCCUACAAUCGUCGUAGCGGUGGCGGUGGCGGAGGCGGCGGCGGUGGCUAUGGAGGCGGCGGCGGCGGAGGAGGCGGUGGCUAUGGAGGCGGCGGCGGAGGAGGCGGCUACGGCGGAUACGGUGGCGGAGCCGGUCGGUUCAACAGCGGAGGAGGUGCCGGCGGCGGAUAUCACCGGCCUGGAGUGAACCCUUGGCAAUCUGGAGGUGGAGGCGGCGGCGGCGGCGGCCCUGCCGUAGGGGCUCGUCAAGGACCACAGCAACAGCAGUACUCGAUGGCCAGCAAUCUGCUUAAAAUCCUAAACAAUUCCCCGUCGUCGGGCCCUGGCGGAAUGGGCGGAGGUUACGGAAACAGAGGAAACUGGGGUGCCGCGUCUGGACCGUCGCCGCAGAGAAUGAUGGGCUCUUCAAUGCGUAGUCCGGCCGGAGGCUAUAACAAGCGAUCCCAAGGAAGAUACUCUGGUGGCGCUCGUAAAUCUGGUAAGGACGCCGAUAAGCGUAAAUCUGCCGGAGGAGGACCCAAACCCAACAACGAAAACAGCAAUGCAAACAACAAGAAAGGGAACGAACGGACCAAAGAACAAAUGGAAGCCGAUAAGCGAGAAUCCUACUCGGGUGUCCCCAGUGCAGUGUUGUACUGUCAUGUAUGUUCAAAACAUAUGUGGGAUUCUGAAUCGUUUGAGAAACACGUUCGAGGCAGACCUCAUGAACUUAUGAUUACUUAUUUGGACGAGGCGUACAAAAUGAAAGUCGACUUGAUGCGCCAUCAAAUCAAGGCCGUUGAGAAUCAAAGAGAAAUCGAUUUGGAACGUGUAACAAACCAUACUAAAAAAAUUGGUGGCAAAGCUGGCGGUAACAAACCGCUUUUGAGAAGUUACUGCCCAAUGUGCGAUGUCCGUUUUUACGGUCCAUUAACUGGCCACAGAAAAAGUGACCGUCACAGAAGAUUGAAGCAGUUUUUACAUCCGGAAUGUAAGCUGUGCAAUGCUCUGUUCCACACACGUUUGGAGAUGGACGAGCAUAAACUCACGGCUGGACAUUUGAAAAAAGUUGCCAAAUUUAGAACUGACGAAUAUCCGGAAUUGAAAAAUGAUGAGUUCGAUUUAAUUGAUAUGAUCAAAAUUGAAGUCGAAGACCAAUUGGACGAUCAAGACCAGAUGCCCGUGGCUAAGAAGUAUGAAAUGCUCGGCGAUCGAGACGCCGUCAAGGUGAAAUUGGAAAUGGAAGGAGGAACGGGCAAAGAAACCAAAAACAAACCGGCACAAGAGAAAGUCGAGGAAGAAAAAGAAAAGAAAGAAGAAACCGAAGCGGCCGCGACCGAAGAAGAAACCGUCGCCGUCAACGAGGAAUCGGCCGCUCCCAGUUUGGAAAAAGAAGAAGACGAAGCUGCUGCAGCCGACGAAAACAAAGCAGAUCCAUCGGACUUGGUGGCCGGCUACGAUCCGAACGUGGCAAUAGGCAAAGAAUUAUUGGUGCCGUCUACCGGUUACGUUUGCCGACUGUGCACGUGCUACCUGCGAGACUUGAACGGAGUGGCUUUGCACUGUCAAACGGCCGCGCACUACAUAAACUACACGACAAUGACCAAAAUGAAAGACGCUACGUUGAGUGGAAAAAAACGGGGAAUCGAUCAAGUGAAAGACGAAGGUCAGAACCAAGAAGGCAUAGAGGAGGUGAAAGCGGACGAAGAAAAUGGAGAAACCGACGAACGAGCUACUAAACGCAUCAAGUUGGAGACGGACGCUGCUGCCGCCGAGGAAGUAGAAAAAAUGGACACUUCUGUACCGGAAACCGAUGCUGCCGCCGAGGUCGCCGAGACGGUCAAAACUGAACCGGUCGCUGCGGUCGAAACUGACGAAACGGUCGCCGAAGCCAAAACCGAAAACGUCGUAGUAACGCCCAAGAUAGAAAUAAUUACGGACUCUCCAAAGCCGGCCGAAGAAAAAGAAGAAGAAGUACAAGAGCCCGAGAAGAUGGACGUCAAGACGGAAAAAGAACCCACUCCGGAGCCGGAACCCGUCCAAGAGCCGGAACCGGUGGUGCAUACGCCGCCGACUCCGACCAGAGGUCGUGGCAGUCGAGGGGGCGGCAGAGGCAGAGGCGUGGCACGCCGCGGUAGACCUUCGCGUUGAUAACGAUUUUUUUUUUCUCAUUAUAUCAAUUACAAACAUUGACAAAUUCUUGAUAAGAGUUGGCACCCAAGUUGUGGCGAUUAUCAAAUAAUAGAAUACAAGACAAUUUACAGUUAAUCUGAUUUUUUUUUUUUUUUUCAUAUAUACAUAUUUAGGGAUUUAAAUUUUUGACAUUUUUUUUUUUUUAUACUUUAUUAAUUAUGUAGACUAGACGUUAAGAAUUGACCAACGAUGAAUUAUACAUAUUGAGGUAUUAUUUCUUUACGUUGGUUUGUAACUUAG